AGGGGACAAAACUUGUGAAGCCCCCCACCCCCCACUCCUCUUCUUUUGUCAUGUGAAUGCUAUUAAGGCUAUCUCUAUCUAUCUAUAUAUCUUAGCUCUAGCUGUAGCUAAACUUAAAAUAUCAUCAUCCACACCGCCCACCCCACAACAUUCCCGUUCUGGUUCACGUUCUGUACUAGUAUGUUUUUGUCUCCAUCUAGCUCCUGAUGAUUUUUUCAGAACCCGAUCGGAUCCCCUGCACUAGCUCCAUGGAUCAACCUUGAAUACUAUCCACUACUUAAUAUAUUAAGGAGCUAGCUUGCUUCAGGGUUUAGGGUUUCGGGUUGAAGCUCUCGAUCUGAUUCUGAUAUCAACCUUGCACUCAAUGAGAGACCUGUCCUUGUUUCUAAUCAAGAACUCUCUUGGAGCCAAGAUGAAGAAAGGGUUGAGAAACUUUUGCAACGGUGAUGGCUCAACCUCUACCCUCAACCAACAUCACAAGACCACCUGCACCGAUGCUGCUGCUUCUGCUACCUCCUCUAAUCCUGCACCACUUCCGGUUGUUCGCUCUCCUACUACUGAUGAUAAUUACUAUUUGCAGGAAAAUAAUACCAGCAGUAUUAAUGAUUCAGAUCAUGAUCUUCAUCAGCCGCCGACGUUGGAGGAGAUGAUACUGAGGUUAGAUUUAGAAGAGGAGAUUGCGAGAUCCUCAAAGUAUUCAAAACCUACAGAUUAUAACAAGUACAAGUACUACAAGGGAAGAAUGUCUUGCGUUAACAAUUCUGAUAUUUUACGGUCUGCAAGGAAUGCAUUAAAUCAGUACCCUCGCUUCUCGCUCGAUGGCAAGGAUGCCAUGUAUCGCUCCUCCUUCAGAAACAGCUUGGAUCAUGAUUUUGAGCAUGAUCUUACAAAUGCUUUUACAAGGACGGAACUGCAGUACUGUAGGCUGCCAGCAACUGUAGCAGGGGAGAGGGUGAAAUGGUGCAAACCAGGAGUAGUAGCCAAGUUGAUGGGGCUAGAGGCCAUGCCAGAACCUGUGAUGAGUAGUACUGGUAGUAAAUUAGACAUUGCUAGCAGUAGGAUCAUCGAUGUCAUGAACAUGAAGAAACGGAAUCUCAUGAUCAGGAGGAGAGCUCAUGAUCAUCAGAGACAUGAACUGGGGAGAAGACUUGUUAGUAGUUAUAUGGAUAUCAAUGGCAACGGUAAGCAAUGUGAUCAUAGAAUUUUCAAUAAGAAAGCUGCAGCAGCUGGCAAGAGGACUGCUGCUGCUUUCUCCUCAUGCACCACUUCCAAAACUACAAGUGCAGGUUACAAUAAUAAUUACCGUGUCAUGAAGGCCAGUGUUGCCAACAGCUAGCUAGCAGAAGAGAGGCUGGUUUUUCCCGUCUAGUCCACCAAACUGCGUGCGUAUGUCUUUUGUAAUUCAUUAGCUUCUCACUGCAGAUCAGCUUCGGAUUUCCAUUCCAUGCAUCUGUCCAGUGAUUAAGCUAGGUAGCGCUCCUUAUUAACAAUGACAGCCGCAAUUUUUUUUUAAUAUAUAGGUCAUAUGUACUUGGCAGAGCAAGUCUCCGUGGUUUAUAUAAUGUUGCAACAUUAUUGUCACAUUGCAUGGCCCCUCAACCAUGAUCGUGAAGACUAAUACUCUCAUCUGUAUAUUUCUGUUUUGUA